AUGUUUGAAAAAAACCGUUCAGCUGUAGCACCCUUUCGGGGCCUAAAUGCUAUGCCACCAGAAGGAAGCACGAGAGCUGGGAUACGGCCAGGUUGGCCAAGUCUAGACAGGACAGACAACGCCCCCUCAAUAUGCAGCGCGUCACAGCCUUGCAUUAAACCCAGACAGCUCCAGUCAGCGUUGAUCAAGGACAGACAACGCCUCCGCAAUAUGCAGCACGUCGCUGCCUCACCAGCACCUAUAGCCACAGCUACGCAUGUACCGCACAAGACAGAUCCAUUGCUGCAACCGAGACGCCAUACCGGUCGCACCAGAAAAAGGGUGGAACCUUUACAACUUGAUCCGCGUCGAAAAUCUUACGUUGAACGUUCAAAAGGGGGAAGUAUCAGGAAGGUCAGCUUCCUGAAAGCAACCACUGAAUGCCCGGAAUCUACGGCGACUUGCAGCUCCGCUGGGUGUUGA